GCGGACUCUGACGGCCAGUGUCGGGGCGGGCCUGAGCCGGGACGGAGAGGCGCGCGCGGGGGCGCGAAGGCACGAGAGCGCGAGUGCGCGUGCGCGAGCGGCGGGGCUUUCUCCGGAGCCGUCGGAGGGAGCCGGAGCGCUUCUCCUGAGUUGGUGAUCGAUCAGUGGUGAUCCAAUAUGCAGAAGUGAGUGAGUGAUGGAAAGCAGCAGAGCUGAUGGGUUAUGAGGAUGUAAGUGUGUUUGAAGGCUCUCUCACCCUCUACUCCAGGAAUCAUGAAUAAACUGGAGGACAAGCAGGACCAGAUGAUACCAUGAAGAGAAGUUUACAGGCCCUCUAUUGCCAACUGUUAAGGGACAGCUGCAACCUUCAUGGACUGUGGAAUCUCCCUGACCCUUGCCCAAGAGAAAAUUGCAGAUUUGUUGAUUAUAAGCCCUCUGGAUAUCCUGUGUUGCUGAGCUUAUUGUCUUACUUCUGUGUCCUUAAUGAAGCCAUCAAACUUAACCGGCUUCCUCCUGAUCUUGGCACUGACCGAAGCACUGGUAUUUGCCACCCAGGAACCAUCUCCCAGAGAAUCUCUUCAGGUCCUCCCCUCAGGCACCACCCCAGGCACCAUGGUGACAGAAUCCCUCAGCUCUACCAGACACUCAUCCAUGGCAACUGCACCCACUUCUGUGGUGACACUGACCCCCUAUCCUGAUGGACCCUCCUCACAGGCUGCAGCUCCCAUGGCAAUGACAGCACCCCAUCCAGAUGGACACCCUCCUACAAACACCAUCUCCACCAUUAUGGCGACAGCAACCACCCCACAUUCUGAAGGCCCACUGCCCACAGGGCCCCUUCCUACUGCCAUGGCAACCACAUCCUCCCCCUCAGAGGGCCGCCCCCAGGGAGAAGCUGCACCCACCAUCCUGCUGACAAAGCCAACAGGAGCCAGCAGCCGUCCCACCACAGCACCCACCCGGGCUACCACGCGCAGGCCUCCCAGGCCCCCAGGCUCUUCCCGAAAGGGGGCCAGCAGUUCAUCACGCUCUGUCCUGCCUGCACCCAGUGGCCACUCUGGGAGGAAGGAAGGCCAGCGGGGACGAAAUCAGAGCUCCACACAUCUGGGGCAGAAGCGGCCCCUAGGGAAGAUCUUUCAGAUCUACAAAGGCAACUUUACAGGGUCUGUAGAAACUGACCCCUCCACCCUCACCCCCAGGAACCCACUCUGGGGUUCUUCUUCCUCACCACAGCCCCAGACAGUGACCACAACCAUGGCGCCCAGCAGGACCUCGUGGGCACCACCCACCAACCCCCUUGUGCCUGCAGAGGACAAGCCAGGCCUUAGCAGAGCAGACCAGGGGGUUGGUUCCACUUUCACCAGCCAAGGAGGGGAGCUGGACACCACAGUAGCCUCAGGUGCCCCUGCCAGCCCACAACCUGCCCCAGUGCCUUCUCAGCGCCCCCGCGGUGACCCACAGGAUGGCCCCAGCCACAGUGACUCCUGGCUUACUGUCACCCCUGGCACCGACAGACCUCCAUCUACCAGCUCUGGGGUCUUCACAGCCACCGCGGGGCCCACCCAGGCUGCCUUCAAUGCCAGUGUCUCAGCCCCUUCCAAGGGGAUUCCUCAGGGAACAUCCUCAACCUCGCAGGCCCCAGCCCACCCCACCGGGGGCUCAGAAAGCACUGUUUUCCCAGCCAAGGAGGAGGCUACAGCCACCCCCACCAUGACCAACAGGGUGCCCAGUCCUCUCUCCACAGUGGUGUCCACGGCCACAGGAAACUUCCUCAACCGCCUGGUUCCUGCUGGGACCUGGAAGCCUGGAACAGCAGGGAAUAUCUCCCAUGUGGCUGAAGGGGACAAACCCCAGCACAGAGCCACCAUCUGCCUGAGCAAGAUGGACAUCGCCUGGGUGAUCCUGGCCAUCAGUGUGCCCAUCUCCUCCUGCUCCGUCUUGCUGACAGUGUGCUGCCUGAGGAGGAAGAAAAAGACGGCCAACCCAGAGAACAAUCUGAGCUACUGGAACAAUGCCAUCACCAUGGACUACUUCAACAAGCAUGCUGUGGAGUUACCAAGGGAGAUCCAGUCCCUUGAAACCUCUGAGGACCAGCUCUCAGAGCCCCGCUCCCCAGCCAACGGCGACUACAGAGACACUGGGAUGGUCCUUGUGAACCCCUUCUGCCAGGAAACACUAUUUGUGGGAAAUGAUCAAGUGUCGGAGAUCUAACAGCAGCAACCCUUGCUUUGCCGUUCCCUACCAUUCGUCUCUAAAUUAUAAAUAUACAAAUAUAUAUUAUAAAUAUAACCUUUGUGUAACCCUGACUUAAUGAGAAACAUUUUCAGCUUUUUCUCCCCCUAAGAAUUGUCAACAUCUUUUUUACAAGUGUGGUUUAAAAAAAAAAAAAACUUUACAGAACGAUCCGUGGCUUUAUAAAAUAAAGGUAUUUCUAAGCAAAGCAGUUGCAUUGAUUGCUUCUCUUAAUAACUGUCCUUGAGCACUUGGGGUCCCAGCAGCCCCAGGCAGGUGAGGGAAGAGAUAGACCUGUAGAGGUGCGAUUUUAAAUUGGUCAAGAGUACGGCCCUUUGCGUGCUCCUUGAAGUUCUGGUUCCUCUUGAUUCAGUGGGAUUCCCUUCCCUCCCCCUCUGUGUACACACCAGUGAAGGCAAGUGGGCCACCGGGGGAGAAGCAGUAGACUCGUGCACAGACAGGAAGGGGGAGCACCUCGCCACCCCAGCAGAUAAACGUCCUGCACCUGCACAGUGGCACCAUUGGCUGUCGAGCGUAAUUCCAGCUGAGUUAAGGACCGCUGGCAGGAAUAUGCAGCCCUCAGGAGCCUGUGGAGGACAUCGUGGGCGUCCCGUCAAGGCCACAUCCCCCUAACAUCCCACGACAGGGAGUUUCCACUGUGCUAACAACAGGACUGCCUUACCCUGGUGGAAAAUAAGCCCCCCCCUUAAGCACAUUCCUGCAUCCUCUCCAACACCCACAUCUGCUUUAAAACUCGUGCCUUUCUCUAGAGAUGGUUUAGAUGUGGAUCCUAGCCCCGGAGCUUUGGUAUGCUUGCUCUCCUUCAAGGAUCAAAUGUUUAUUGGGGUUCAGCUUUGUUUUCUCAAAAGGCAUCGCACUGUGCCCCUGAGGAACGUGUUAAGAGGCCUUGAAUUAUGGGGCUGUAAUUUUCUAAGCCCUCCUAUGAUCUUAAACAAGAUUGCUAAAGUGGAUCACUUGGGAGAAGACAUCCUGAUAUCCCUCCCUGGCGUUGCAGACCUGCCUAUGGGUCAGCAGACAGGCUUGCCAUCCAGCUCGCAUUCUCCAGUCUCCCCUCCACUGCUCCCCUCGCCUGUCCACGCUCAGGAGGGCUCAGACCCACAGAGACGCAACAGAGGCUUCCACAGAUGGCUGCUUCUCACUUUUUCCCUAAUAGAGAGUGGUUGGGAGAGAAGAUAACUGCUUUGACUCUUUCUCUAAAAGAAAAUUAGUUUGAUAGUAUAUUUUCAAUAUAGAUGUUCUUAUAGUCAGAUUGGGAAUUGAACUUGAAUGUUGAUUCGUAUGUUCGUGUUGUUGCUGUGGUCUUUUUAUCAUACCUUUUUCCUUUCUUCCUACAUUUCUUUUUUUUUUUUUUAAAGAUGGCCUUCAAAAAUGUGUGUUCUCAAUGUUGUAUGAACCUACUUAACAUGAGUUUGGUGGAUGUGUCUCUUUAAAGACUCUUCAACCCACAAGGAAGCAGGUUAAAUGUUGCUCUGAGAUUCAUUUCCCAGUGUGCUGCUGUAUGACCUUUUAACCUUCUAUUUCUGUUAACUAUUGCAUUUAAUAUAGCAAUGUGUGUGCGUAUAUAUAGAAAGAAAUCUGUUUGUAAAGUAAAAUUAUAUAUAAUAUAUGUAAUCAAAGAUACAUAUGUUAUAUAUACAUAUGUGGAUGUAUGACUUAUUUUUCCUUAUCCACAGAAUUCAACUACCAUGUAUAUAUAAAUAAACUUAUUUUACUAGCCAGAGGA